CUCUCGCAGAAACAGCUGACAAGCAGACAGAGUCAUAUGACCGCUAGCCAGGAAAUCGCGGGGCGAGAGUAAAGAUGUUGCUGAAACUGCCGCAAGCGAUCGCGCUGUUUUCUCUGGCCACUUUGGGCUCAGCUGUGUAUUUAGAGGAACCCAAAGAACCGAAGCAGGCAUGGGGGUAUGUCACUGUCAGGCCCAACGCCAGCAUGUUCUGGUGGCUGUACUAUGCCGACAGCCCUGCAAAGAAUUUCACCCAGUUCCCUCUGAUCAUGUGGCUUCAGGGUGGCCCUGGGGCUUCAGGCACAGGAUUCGGAAACUUUGAAGAGAUUGGCCCUUUAGAUAGUGAUCUAAAGCCAAGAAAGACAACUUGGCUGCAGACGGCAAGCUUGCUGUUUGUCGAUAACCCCGUUGGCACUGGAUUCAGCUAUGUGAACGAUACUCUUGCGUACGCCACAAAUCUCUGCACAGUCUCCACGGACCUGAUGGUGGUUCUCAGAGAAUUCUUCAAGUCUAAGCCAGAAUUCCAGAAAGUCCCUUUCUACAUCUUUUCAGAAUCCUACGGAGGCAAAAUGGCUGCUGGCGUUGCUUUGGAACUGCAUAAGGCUAUUCAAGCUGGGACCAUAAAGUGCAAUUUUCUUGGUGUAGCACUUGGCGAUUCGUGGAUUUCUCCUCUAGACUCUGUGAUUUCCUGGGGACCUUACCUUUACAGCACUUCUUACCUUGACGAUAAAGGUUUGAAACAAGUCACUACGGCUGCCAAAAAGGUCCUUGAUGCUAUGAAUAAAAGGCAAUUCAAGCUGGCUACAUUGCUUUGGAGUAAGGCCGAAGAUACCAUAGAGGAGUACACGAAUGGUGUGAAUUUCUAUAACAUUCUGACUCAGGAUACGACUUCAUCUACAGCUGCUGCAUCCAUUGCAAGUGAAACAGUCCCUGUGUUGAAACUCUUCCAGCGUCAUGUACAACAUCAAAGUAAGGACAAGCUGAGUGAUUUGAUGAACGGGCCCAUCAGGAAGAAGCUGAAAAUAAUUCCAGACCAUGUCAAAUGGGGAGGCCAGUCAAAAGACGUGUUUGCGAAUAUGGCUGAAGACUUCAUGAAGAAUGCAAUAGAUAUCGUAGACGACUUGCUUGCAGCCAAGGUCAAUGUCACUGUCUACAAUGGGCAGUUGGAUCUCAUCGUUUCUACCAUAGGCCAGGAAGCGUGGCUGCGGAAACUGAAGUGGCCCAUGCUGAAAAGGUUUAAUGCGCAAAGAUGGAAGCCUUUAUAUGUAGGCUCAGAAUCCGCAGCGACGGCCGCUUUCCAUAAGUCCUAUGAAAACCUGGACUUUUUCUGGAUUCUGAAGGCUGGGCACAUGGUACCAGCCGACCAAGGAGAUAUGGCACUGAAAAUGCUCAAGAUGGUGACCCGCCAAUGCCACUAACAGAACUGGGGCCAGCUGGCUUGGCUUUCCCACAAGAGCGCAUCAUGCUGUUGGAAUGUUCUCAUUGCACAUCGAACCCUCCUUGCGGGACAGUAGCUCUUCAGCGAGGUUGAGUCCUUUCCCUAUAUGGUACGCUAUGCAAGGCGCUUUUUUUUUUUUUUAAAGGCGAUGCCGAGCAUUGCCUUUCGCACUCCUUUAAAACCACAGCCUCUGCCUCCGCAGUACCCACACUGACCUUCGGUACGAUAAAGUAAUUCACCGAAGAUCUGCUUUCCGCACUGUUGCCCCCCCCCCCUUAAAACAGGUAAGAGCUUAGGACCAGCUGAGGUUUGCCGAGCCCCCGGAGGACGAGCGAAAAGCAGAGGCCCUGUUGGACGAGCCCUUCUAUUAUUAAACCACAGCGUUUGCUGUAAAUGGCUCGGGGCAACCUUGUAUGUAGAAAACACAAAACAAGGCUACAAAAUACACUGAUUUAGGAGCAACUUUGUCGUCGGACUUGGUGGGGCUGUUUGGCUGACCCCGGAGACAAAAGGGCAUGUGACACCGAACUGCACAGGCUCUUAAAAUGUGUGGGGUGGGGAUGGGAAGAUGCAAAUUAUGAUAGGAAAAUUUUAUUACAUCUAAUUUUAAGGUGACUAUUUUUUAAAUAUAUAUAUACACGCAUUCAGAAAAGCACUGUUACACCGGCGCAGGCAGUCUGGGCUUGCAGCCAGAGCUUUAAACUCCCAAAGAUACCAUUCUUCCUUUUGCAACCUCCUGAAGCUUGAUCUACGGCGCAGGGGUCUGAAACACGGCUGUGGGGCCACAGCAAUUGCAGCAUGCAGGGGGUGAACAUUCUGCACCCCUGUUUUUCACUGUUGAUGUGAUUGAGGCUACAGUCUUGGGCAGAGGAACCAGCAGUGGCAGGGGACUAGCAGGGAACGGGGCAAUGCUUAACCCUUGCACCCCUGCCCAGUUUCCCCACUUCAACUUGACCCCAGUGGAAACGAUCUGAGCAGUAACUCAACCUUGUUUAAAAACCCAGCACGACAUUGUAAUGGGUUGUGGGGUUUCCCCCCCCCCCCGUAGGUAUUCUUUCCUGUGCUUCACGUUUUCUUGUUAAAUUGGGCAGCUGGCAGUAAGGGCAGCUGUUGCCACCUUAAUGAGGACUAGUUGCUAGGCUUUUUUGGUUUUUGCUGUUUACAAUCCCUCCUUGAAUGAAAUGAGGCCCUCAGCCAGAAACUCCCAUGGUGGGUAUGCAGAUCUCUUGACCUUUGUUGCUCCGUGAAAGAUGAAGGAAAAAGGUCUUGCCGGAUGCUGCUUUGCGUUAUCCUCUCCUGGCUGUCCCCACCGCCGCUGCCCCCCCAGUUCAGAAGUUGAUAUAGCAGCAUCCCAAGAUCAAAUUGCAAUACAUCUCUCGAACAUUUGUUCAGCAGGAGAGCGCUGUGUCUUGUUCAAAUAUGCCGGAUGUUGGAAAUGGAAACCACGUUGCUUACUUACGUAAUGCAUGUCUUUCUGAUGACUCUGAAUAAAUAAUAAAUGGAUGGAAGCCA